AUGGAUGACCAGGAAGCAUGCAAGGAAGGCGUGACAGUGCAGAGUGCGUGAGUCCGAGGUUUGACGGGACGCCAGAAGGAGGCGGGCCAAAGACGCGCCGGCGUGCGCGCGAGCCGAGAAUGACACACAUCUUCCCCACGCGGUGCGCAUGCAGCGCAUAGUUAGGCAAUUGCGCGCGCAGGGGCUCAUACCGCCACCAUAGUUGCGCGCCCCACUCACACUCUGACUCCCGCAAGUCGUGCAACCGCGUCUGCACGCACGCACGCAGCAGCAGCAUGCAGCCUGCCUGCCUGCCCUCGCUCACGAUUCAGGUCUGCUACGCCUCCACGACUUGAUCCUGAAAUUUUCAGUAGUCGCUGAAGCUGUGCGCGCCAUCUAAGCCACUGUACACUUCACACUCACUACCUCUAGGCAUUCUGAAAAGUAACUUCAAAGGGCUCACAUUCCAUUCGGUCCAGCAGGCAGCUGUCACACGCUAAAGAGACCGACGCGCUCAAACCGCCCGGUCGCAACUCAAAGGACAUCUACAAAGCCUACCACAGAAGUGGAGAUCUCCCCUUGAGCCAAGCCAUCAUGGAUUGUAAGUCCCUUCAAAGCUCGAGGUUGAUUAUAGAGGAGACGCUGCCUCGCAUCGUAUGCUGACCACGCUCUCCUUCUCUUUGGGCGCACAGUCUCCAGCUUUAGCGGCUCCGAGCAAGCUGCUAUGCAGCAGAUCAUCGAGAAGAAGCAGAUGAAGGACUUCAUGAAGCUCUACACUGGUCUGGUAGAGCGAUGCUUCGACAGCUGCUGCAACGACUUCACCAGCAAGGCCCUCAGCACCAAGGAAGUCAGUCGCCGCUCCUUCAUUGUCGCUCGUUAA